CCACCACCACCACCACCACCACCCCCACCCCCUCUCCUGGUCCCACACUGCCAAGCGCAGGGCACACCACCUCCACACCCUGUACCACCACAACUCGGGGUCGCGGUCCCUGGCCGAGGAGAUGCUCCACCAGGCGGCCUCUGCCAAGCACCCAGCCGGCGACCGGAACGACGCGGACCCCGGCGAUGCGGACGCCAGCGUCUCCCUGCUGGCGUCCACGUCCAGUGCCGGGCAUGCUCCGCCGGCCGCGGGGGCGGGAGCCACCACGACCGCCACACCUUCGGGCGCCGUCUCGCCCGGGGCUCUGAUGAACACCGGCCCCCUGUGGCGACGCAUCUUGAUCCUGAUGCUGAUCCGCCUGCUGCCGCCCCUGUUGCUGUUCUUCCUGCUGGGGUUCGGCUACUACACGGUCAUGGUCACGAUUGUCGGCGCCAAGUGGUUCACCGGGGUGCAUAGCCUGCCUCCCAUGGGGAUUGCGGCAUAUCUGCUGUAUUUCCACACGCUCGUGGGCAUGAUCCUCUGGAGCCUGGAGUGCAUCAAUGGCAACAUGCGCUCGAUGGUGGCCUGCGUGCGCCUGCUGCUGGCCCCCCCGGCUGACCCGGCCGCCGCGGCGGCCCUCAAUCACCGGGUAUUCAGUGUCGCGCAGUACUGCGGUCAGGUCCCGCAGUCGAUGCGGGUCAGCCCCGAGGAGCUCCCGGCCACCGGGUACUCUCCGCCAGCCGGGCCGCCAGCCCCGCGGGAGCUCGGCUCACCUGGGACUCUGUCCGCCGGGCCGGUCGACUCGCGCUUCGGCGCGGCCGGCGCCUCCACCGGGGAGCCCCUCCCCCCGAGCCAGCCGACUGAGGAGUCCCUGUUGCAGACUCUGAGCGACCGCCACGACGCGAUUGUCACCUUGCGCAUGCGUGACCGAUGCAACAACAUCCGGUAUUGCCAGGAAUGCAUGCAAGUGAAGCCGGACCGCACACACCAUUGCUCCAUUUGCAAUAUUUGCGUCCUACGCAUGGACCACCACUGCUCCUUCCUCGGAGUGUGCAUCGGUCUCGGCAACCACAAGGCCUUCGUCCUGCUGCUUCUCUAUAGCAGCAUCUUCGUGUGGACUUGUGGUCUGACCAGCUUCGCUUCGAUCGUUCGAGCCGAGUUCCGCAUGUCGGAAAUCCACCUCUUCUGGAUCGUGGCCUCGGCUCUGUCGCUCUGCUUCGGCUUCGUGACCGGCGGCUUUUGCGGCUUCCACAUGUAUCUGAUUGCCCGCAACCGGACCACCUUCGACUUUUCCUACUUCUAUCACAUCUACAAGGAGCUCUAUGACCAGUACAACAUGGGCCCGCGUGGGAACUUCGCCCAAAUUUUCGGCACCAACAUUUGGCUGUGGCCGCUGCCGACACCGAGCCACUCCACUGAUGGAGUCAACUUCCCCAUUCGCUCCAUGUAUCACCCCGGUCGGCGGAGUGGAUCUAGUUGGUCAAAUGCCCCGGAUACGGUCAACUCGUCGAUCUACGUCUCGGACAGCGGGAUGGUUUGACGUGCGGGCCACAGGCGGAAGGGGGGGGGGGGGG